CAAUGUUUAUUUGUCUCUGGAGAUUUCAAAAGGAAGCCAGAAGAGUUGCUAAAACUGUGUUUUAGAAGCAACGUAUCUUCACAACUUUAUCAAAUCCUUUCCAGAGUUCCACUGGGGCAGGAUUUUGUCUGUCUUAAUUAAGAGUCGCUAUACAAUGGAUGAAGACCAGUCCUACUCAGGAGUGGAAGAAGGGCAGGAAGAACCCUCAGAGACAUCCGAGCCUCCUAAAGUCAUCCAUUCUGGCGAAGAGGAUGAUUAUGAAAACAUGAAUUCACCUCAAGCAACCCAGGAAGCAACAGAGACCCCCAAACAACCAGACGAGAAAAAUCCCAACUCUUCCAUGACAACUAAAGAACUUCAGGAAUACUGGCGGAAUGAGAAACGAAACUGCCGAGAAGUCAAGGUGCUCUUUGAAAUCCCAUCAGCCAAAAUUGUAGAGAAGCCUUUCUCUAAAUAUGUGAAGUACCAAAUCAUCAUAAUCCAGACUGGCAGCUUUGACAGCAACGUAUCCAUGAUUGAACGCCGGUAUUCUGAUUUUGAAAAGCUGCACAAGAGCCUGUUUAAAGAGUUUUAUGACGAAAUGGAAGACCUCAUCUUUCCCAAAAAGAUCCUGACUGGCAAUUUCAUGGAUGAAGUCAUUCUGGAGAGAAAACUGGCUUUCCAGGAUUAUUUGCGAAUUCUAUACUCCAUGGAAUUCAUCAGGACCUCUCGAAGGUUCAUUGACUUCUUAACAAGGCCUGAGCUGGAAGAGGCCUACAGCUGCCUUCGGGGAGGACAAUAUACCAAAGCUUUGGAAGGUCUUCUGGAGGCCAUCGCUUUGCAAGAGAAGCUCACAAAGCACAGACCCAUUCUGUUGGUCCCCACUCUCUGCGCCAUCCUUGUAUGUCACAAAGAUCUGGAGGACUUCAAAAGUGCCUUCGAAUUUGGAGAAAAGGCCCUACAGCGUCUAGAAAAACACCCUGGUCACCGGUACUACCUACCAUUGCUAGAAACGAUGAUCUCCUUAGCAUAUGAGCUCGGGAGAGACUUCUUGCUCUUCCAGAAGAAGAUGGAUGAGAGGAAGGCCAAAAAACUUCCACAGAAAAUGUUGACGCUGAAGGAACUGACAGUACAGGAAUAUGUGCAAUGAGGAGAAGAAAGUGUUCUGACUUAGGUUCUUUAGAACAGGGGUCUCUAACCUUGGCAACUUUAAGACUUGUGGACUUCAACUUUAAGACUUGUGGACUUUGCAAAGCUGGCUGAGGAACUCUGGGAAUUGAAGUCCACAAGUCUUAAAGUUACCAAGGUUGGAGACCCCUGCCUUAGACAGUAUAUAGCAUAAACUUAGUCCCUGCAGAUCUGAGAUCCCUAAGAUCUGAGCCAUCUUAGGUCAACACAGGUUACUUCAAGCCCUAGGCUUCAUCAUCAUCAUCAUCAUCAUCAUCAUCAUCAUCAUCAUCAUCAUCAUCAUCAUCAAGUCUUAAAGUUGCCAAGGUUGGAGACCCCUGCCUUAGACAGUAUAUAGCAUAAACUUAGUCCCUGCAAACCUCUUUAAUUCUUACAGCUGUGAAUUAUUGUCAUUUCCAGUCGAAAGGCUUCUCAAACAGUCUAUCAGGGGAGUGUUUACAAACACUCACCUUAUCUCCCUUGGACUGCUGCCAGAGAACUAAUUGCCACACGCAGGGCAAGGCCAAACUUAGCACAGAGUUAAAUGGAACUUUUCCACAGCUUUUACUGACCAGAUGAACUAAUUGCUUCCUGCAAAAACUCACGUCCCAUUUGCUUCUCUUUUAUGUCUUAUGGGAAGAGUCAAUCAUCUCCAAGCCUUACUCCCAAGUCAACCCUGUUUUCUUAAUUGCUCCUGUCUCCUGGCAGCUCUGCGCAUGAGCAUACUGGGAACAGGCUCACGCUGUUCUUCUGCCUCGCUGAUGUCAGACUCCGGAGAUUCCUACCAGAUGG